AUGAAGCUGGUUCAGACUACGAAACAAUUCCACAUGCGAUGGAGCCCCAAGACCUUUAUUCCUCCAGUCGCUGCACGAUACAUCGGGGCCCAGUCACACCCUAUCCGGCCGAAGAUCGUGCAUAUGUAUGCCAACCGGGACCCCAAUACACUAUGGUGGAGAGUGCAGACCAACGGCCUAGACCAUAAACGGGUCGUCCGAUCAUGGUGUGCCAGAAGGGUUCGGAAUGCAUUCCGCAAGGCCCUCCAUGAUCGAGGCUACGACGGUGAAGGUCGGAGGAUCUCCCAGCAGUCUUCGUCGCAGCUGGAACCAGACUUGAAGGGUAGCGUGGAGAUCGUGGUUCGUCCAGAACUGAUCAAGGAGAAAUUCUCCGAAGUCUUGAGGGAGUCGAAUAAUCUUGUGGAGACCAUAAUGCUUGUUUCCUUGACUGUUGGCAAGGUCGACGCCGGCGUCGCUGUGUUGUUGACGCAGGAUAACCGACUCAUUGAAUUCCCCUCCGUGCUCCUUCCCAGCAACAUCACCUCGGGCAGUAUAGUCGAUAUCACGGUGUCGCGCAAUCAUGCUGCCGAAGCAGCCAACAUAGCCGCCUUCCAGGCCCUGCAGAAACGCAUUCUAAAUACAUACGGCCUUCACACCCCCUCCCCUCCUGUUCUCCGUCUCCGAAAUGCGACACAGACCUCGUUGGUGUUGGAGUGGGAUCCGAUCGACCUGGCAACAGCUUCGCUGAAGUCUCUCUCGCUGUAUCGCAAUGGCUCCAAGGCUGGAUCAAUCCCCAGGCCGCUGGAAAUGCUCAGCACGAAGAUCAGCGGUCUUGCCAUUCACACCGAAUACACAUUCCACCUGGUGCUGCGCACGACAGCAGGCACCUUCCAGUCUGAGAAGCUCGUCUGCCGCACACACAAGAUGACCGACCUAUCGGGCAUUACAGUGACACCGGGAAUCAUGCCCCCACAGCAAAAAGAUGCUCUGGCGGCCGCUCUUGAUCGCAUCGGGGGCAAGCUGAUUGAUACCGUCCGCAUCGACACGACGCACUUCGUGUGCACAGAAGGAAGGGGCCCGCUGUGGGAGAAGGCAGUUGAGAUGAAUAUCCCCGUGGUGCGUCCAGAAUGGGUGGACGCAUGUGAGGCGGAGGGCACUAUUGUCAGCGUUCGGGGCUACUAUCUCAACGCCGACCCCAAACUCAGACAGAUAGGCCAUGGACCGGCAGCGCAGCAACGCCAGCGAACAUCCACUGUCUCUACUAUGGCCCCAUCCACGCGCACAGAGAGCCAGACGAAUUUACCGUCCCGUCCGGCGGAGCCUUCUGUCCCCGAAGCCCCUACGACUCCCUUCCCCGGUGCUGAAACCAAUGGCCACGCGAAAGAGUUAGAAUCGCAGGACGAAACACCGCCGCCUCCUCCGGCAAAAGACGAGGCUCCGGUGGAGAAAGAGGAACCUAAAGAGCAAUCCAAGGGCGAGGAGCAGAACGGCACCCACGUCGCAGAGCCUGAUUCUCACGCAGAGAAUGGAGUAACAGAGGAAAAGGAGGCGCCAGCAGAGAAAGCAGACACUCCCGAUGCUAGCGAUCAAAAGAAAGCCAAAGGAACAGAAGGCGAUGAGAAGCUGGACGAGGUGCCGCUGUGA